CCUAAAGGAGAGCUGCAGCCAAACUUUUGAAUUUCAAACUCAAUUCACAAGACCUAGCGUUGCUGUUGCUCCAUCCGCUCAAACACCAAUGCAAUGAUCUCUCCUUCUCGGACGUUCUUUGGGCGGUCAACCCCAUCCCCCACAACUCCAACCUACCCAGAGACCACCGAAACAACGAGGUCCUAUUCGCUUGAAACUGUCAAGCAUUGGAAAGAGCGCGAUGUAGCUGAUUGGCUUGAAUCGUUAAAUUAUGGUCAAUUCACUCAGAAAUUCACAGAAAAUAAUAUUAAUGGUGAGGUACUGCUGGAACUCGAUAACCCAACCCUCAAAGAGAUGGAUAUCAAAACAGUAGGAGAGCGAGUGCGAAUCCUGACCGCCGUUCGACAUCUACGACAAGAGUGUUACAAUGAAAUGGCAUAUUUUGCAAGGAUGGCAAAAGAGCAGAGUGCGAAUGAAAGUCGAGGACAACCGCAAGGCGCAUAUUCUACGCCUUAUCAUCCCAACAUUUCAUUAAUGACGUUGGAUUCGAUUUCUCGCUACGAAAGCACUGCCCCUGGUCCGCCUGCCAGUGCUUCCAUUAUAGAACGCCCCGCCAACAAACUAUUGGAUUACAAACCCUCUGUACAACGAUCCAACUCUUUCUCGCGACUUCUUGGAAGAUCCGACUCUAAACGCUCUCAAAAGAUUAACGGCCAAGAAUUACCGACUAGUCCCAAGCAUCCAAAUGCAAAACGGAGCUCGCAAGAAGGAAAUAUCAUGUCUAUGGAAAAGGUUAAACAGACAUGCGUUCGAGUGUUUGGAGAAGACGGUCAAACUCGUAUAGUCAAUGUUCAUAAUGCUACGGAUGUACGGUCUAUCAUGGCAAAGGUUUUGCACAAAUUUGGAAUUGAAGAAGCAAACAUAUCCAAAUACUGUAUCUUUGUUGGCUCUAGUGAUACUGGCGCAGCCCGGGCGCUUUCCGAUGAAGAGCUUGAAGAGAUAUGUCGAUCCCAAGAUCGACCAGAAAAAGAAAGGCUCAUUUUACGAAAACGACAUCAGUAUCCAACUCAUGAAGAAUUUAAGAGAAAAGGCACAAUCACUCAAAAACGAAAUCAGAUUCAAAAGAUGUAUGAGGAAACUGUUGUUCCUUGGGCCCCAGCUAUGGGACCAUCCGGCACACCUUCACCCAUUGGCGCUUACGCAUCAUUACAGCCACUGCACCAUGGAUUACCUGACCGGCAGCAAACUGUGGAUAUCAUUACCAGCAUCGGAAACGGUAUGGCCAAGCCGACACCGCCAGUAUCAGGCAAACUCUCAUCGGAUCCAUCAACCACAUCCUACUUUCCAUCACCUGAAAGAAGCAAUGACUCGACAGCAGCAACUCAGCAGUCGUCCAACUGGGACCAAAGGGCACCUACAACGCCACAAUCAGGAGGAACAUCUGUAUCAUCUCGGUUCUCAGUGGCUUCCUUCAAUUCAUCGCAUGCCGCUUAUCGCUCACAUACCCCUAAACUUCGACAAUUCUUUGGCGAAAGACCGCCGUCUGAAGUGAUUUCGUCCAACCUACCUUCCUUUUUCCCUAAUCAUAAGCCAGAAAUACUGGAGACGGCCGGAUUUAAUGCCAAGCGAAUGUCGAUGCGACGAGCGAGUCACAGCAGUGGAAUGUCAACAUCGCGACGUCGAGAUAGCGUGAUGCCUGAGUUGGCAUCUGUCCUUGGAUUGGAAUUAGAUAAGGUGUUUGAGCAGGAGGAAUUGGAAGCUCUACAAGCUCAGGCAGAAGAAGAAGAAGAAGAAGAAAGUUUUGAAGUUGAGGAGGAAGAGGCAUUUAGGCCGCCUGCCGAACUCAAAUUGCCUACAUCCUUCCCACAAAAAACGUCACUUCAAAAUAAGCGCUUUUCUACUCUCCUCACCAUCAAAUCGGACGGUGAUGUCGAGUCCCAUAUGCCUGCUCGAAAAUCCAGCCUGAUUAAUACUGACACCACCUUAGCCGACAAGGCUGCUCAGCAUAUCAAAGUGUCGCUCAACACACCUGUGUCUGCCACUUUAACGCUUGUUGGCACCCCUGUGGAGGCCCCAGAAGUGGUUGAAAUACCUUCACCGGAACCUAGCCCAACAGAGCCCAUUGCCCCCGAGCCCAUCAUUCACGUUAAUGCUGCGCCUGUGGAGUGGAUGAAGGGCUCUCUAAUCGGACGAGGUACAUUUGGAGAUGUGUACCUUGGACUCAGUCCUAUCAGCGGUGAGCUCAUGGCAGUCAAGCAAGUUGAACUGCCCGUUGUCAACAGUGCGACAGAAGAUCGAAAGCGAACCAUGAUUAGUGCCUUAGAACAAGAAAUUGCCCUCUUGAGAGAUCUUCACCACGAAAAUAUUGUGCAGUAUCUCGGUUUUCAAUGCGACGAAGCGCAUUUUAGUAUCUUUUUAGAAUAUGUGCCUGGUGGAUCAGUGGCUGGCUUGCUUGCUAGCUAUGGUGCCUUCAAGGAGCCUCUGGUGUGCAGUUUUGUACGUCAGAUUUUGAAGGGGUUGAACUACUUGCAUGGGCGCGACAUUAUACAUCGCGACAUCAAGGGUGCUAAUGUUUUAGUCGAUAACAAGGGUGGUGUCAAGAUCUCGGAUUUCGGUAUAUCUAAAAAGGUCGAAGAUGACAUGAUGUUGGUUUCUGGUGCUUCGGCCAAUCGACCUAGUCUUCAAGGAUCCGUAUUUUGGAUGGCCCCUGAAGUUGUUAAGCAAACACAGUAUACCCGCAAAGCAGAUAUUUGGUCACUUGGGUGCAUGGUGGUAGAAAUGUUUACCGGUGACCAUCCUUUCCCUGAAUUUUCGCAGAUGCAAGCUAUAUUUCAGAUUGGAAGUUAUAAAGCACCGAAUAUACCAGACCAUAUUGGCGACGACGCAAAAGAUUUCCUGAACCGCACCUUUGAUCUUGACUACCGAGAACGACCUACGGCCGAUGUACUGUUGCAACACCCUUUUCUCGCAAAUGUGGGAACUAACUUGUAAAUUUACCCUUUAUAUUUUCGCCAACCAAACCAAUAAAAUUUUAACAUAAUGGAUAAGUAAAA